CACUAGUUGGGUGAUACUAAUAUAUGUUAGCUUUGAGUAAUGUGUCUGUGCAUGCAUGUUAUGUGCAAUGUAAAAAUAUCUUUUUAAGGAAAAUUCAAGGGGGCUAAAAUGAAUUUACCUCUGCCAUAAACAGUGGGAGCCGGCGUGGCGGGGGGGUGGGGACUGGAGAUGUGGUCACAGUGUAACCAUUAAAAUGCACCCCCUAGCUUCCCACCACUUCUAGUCUAUCCCCCCAAACAUAACAAAAAGAGAUGUUUUGAGCAAGGUAAAACUCAGUGUUGUACAAACUAUGCAGUAACCGUGCAUCAGAUGCUUUACAUCUGCACACAUGCCAUUGACCACUUUUUUUUAAACUUUACAAAUUAAGAGGUAAAUUUUAUUACCGGACUAUUAUAUGGUGUCAUAUAUGACGCAGUCUGACUUCUUGCAAGAGCCACCUACGUGUAUCUACCAUUUCAGUUUGUUGUGCCCCUGAGAUGACCUUUAAGAGGAGGUUUGACCAUAAUUGCUUCUGACAUGCUUAUCACAUGCUUUGAGUUUUGUAUAUUAAUUACAUGUACAUGUUCAUUUUUGAAAAUCUUUAGAGAGAAUUAAGUACAAAGUUUAUAAGAAUAAGAAGAUCAGUGGCAGGAACAGGCAUGGAGGGAGAUAAUCUUCAUUACAGAGGUGUGGAUUCUCCUACAAUGGAUACUCUCUCCGAAGGUGGGAGACGUGCUCGCUCACGAUCUCCUUCUUUUCUGCCACCAGAAGAAGAACCGGACUCCGACAUGGAAGUAGAUGCUCAACCACCGCCAUGGCAACAAGUUGUAGACAAGAAGGUUCUAAAAAGACUUAAGGGCAAAGAAAUAAAACGACAAGAAUUCAUUCACGAGCUUAUCCAUACUGAGAGAACACAUGUUAGAAAUUUAAAAGUAUUGAACAAGGUGUUCUACAGACCAAUGAUGAAAAUGAAUGUCAUGUCCAGACAAUACAUCAAUCAACUUUUUCCAAACUUGGAUGCACUAAUUAAAAUUCAUGUCUCAUUAAUGAAAAGCAUGAUGAAGAGGCGAGAAGAAUCUGAGGAGGUUAUUGUUUGUAUAGGAGAUGUCAUGCUCGAAAGGUUUGAUGGAGAACCUGGUGAGAUGGCUAAAGAUGCCUGUGCAGAAUUUUGUAAUCAUCAGAAGUUUGCUCUAGAGCAGCUGAAGAAUCGGCAAAGAAAAGAUCCUAAACUUCAACAAUUUAUAAAUAACUGUGAAAAUGAUCCCCUUUGUCGGAGAUUGAGACUUCAAGAUAUCAUUUCAUCCAGUUAUCAAAGAUUAACGAAGUAUCCACUGUUACUGGAAGGAAUACAGAAAAAUACACCCAACUCUCAUUCAGAUGGCAAAAAUAUCGAGAGAGCAAUUCAAUGUACGAAGGAUUUACUUGCUUUUGUGAACCAAAGCGUCAAGGAUUGUGAAGAUCGACAAAGACUCGCAGACUUUCAGAGAAAAAUAGACAGAAGGCCUCUUGAAAACACUAACAACAAAAUGAUGGAAGAGUUCAAGAACCUAGAUCUGACCACAAAGAAACUUGUUUAUGAUGGUCCACUCACAUGGAGAAUAAGCAGAACAAAGUCUAUUGAUCUCCAUGUACUGUUGUUAGAAGACUUAUUAAUUCUGCUUCAAAGACAGGAUGAUAAGCUUGUUCUUAAAUGUCUUAGUACAACUUUCUCGGCGGGAUAUCAGGACGUCAAGACCACGCACAGUCCGAUAAUUAAAUUGAGUAGUGUUCUCACAAGAAAUGUAGCAACAGACAAGAGAGCGUUUUUCCUUGUGAGCACUUCAUCUUCAGUAGGACCUCAGAUUUAUGAAUUAGUGACAGCAACUGUCAUGGAUCGAAAAAAGUGAGUAGUCUGUAAUACUAACAGUUUAAACUGGGUGGCGGUCAAAGUGACCGUUGAAGCCUCAGCCGAUCAGAACGCUCGCACAUGUAACUGGCACAAGUGUGGACCGUAAAAAACAUGGCAUGUUUUUGGCUGAUAAGGAAUACAGUGAUUCAUCAGAAUACCAUCAAAGUGUUUUGCACACAAAGCUACUGGAUCAAUGCAGAAUUAGCAGAUAGAAACUAAAGCCAAUGCAUAAUUUUCCCCAAAAUCGUUUUAUAUCGCUCAUAAUACAUCUUGCAAGCAAUA